ACACACCCUCCCACUAUGAAAAGAUGGCCUUGCAACUACAAGUACUGAUCGCCAAUCUAAGUUUAUAGCUAGGCUGUAUCUAUCCAUUGCGAAUUGUGUUCACUGCCUCACGGAGACAGUAGAUCACGCCAGUAGUAAGUACAUCACUAGAGAGGAGAGCAGUGCUAUGUUAUGAGUGGUCGCCCGACCCAGAACAGAGGAGGCAAACGCAGCCACAAAAACAGAGGAGGGUUCGACUCUUCAACAGGACACGGAGGACGUGACUCUAGGGGUGGGGCACAAAGGCACUCGAAUGACGCCCCACCAAGAUUUGUCAAAAGAAACGGAGAUGUACGAAGUGGACGUGGUGAACCAAAGGGUAGUUUCCAUGACUAUGACGAGCACAGCCGAAGCAGUAGCCGUAGCAGUGAGGGUGGUGGGUUUAAAGCUCGUGGAAACGGUACUGGUGGACGGUCUAGUUUUGAUGAGUUGAUGCAGCUGCUCUCAAGGCUGGAGUCAUCUAGUGACUAUGAUGGCAGCUGUCGUCUGGCUCAACAGAUAGUUGAGUUUUUCGAGUUACAUUCAGGAGAUUACCGUCUCAGCCAACUAGUUCAUACUGAACAGAACACGGAGACCAUCUUCAAGUCCUUAAAUCAGAUCAUAUUAAACAACGCUGAGAGAGAGGUCCUGGUUGCCGUGGAGCAAUGUAUCGGAUUCAUUGGUCAUGCCCUUGGUAGAGAUGCACAGAGACUUGUGGAGUGGGUGUUUCAGAAUGUGCACCCGGAGGAUGUGACGGACGACGUGAGGGCGGUCUAUCUGAGGGGUCUUCACGAGGCACUCUCCUCCGAAGGUGGAAAGUCCCCACACAGCACCAUCAUGCCAUUGGUGAUUGACAGCCUCCAGACCGUACUAGAUAUGGCAGAGACGUCUGUAUUGUUAGAGGCAGUGGUAAAGAAUAUCAUUAUUGUGGCCAAACACUCGCCACAACACCUGGGCAGACACUUCCAGAACACAGUGGACAUUCUGGUGGGCUGGCACAUUGACAUCCAACAGGACCCCCAGCUGAUAGAGUCUAUCUCUGCUGCUCUGGUCUGUUUCAGAGAGUUCUGGACCAAAGAUAUGCUCUUCUCCACUGACCUUCUCAAGCAGUUCUUGGAGGAUAUGGAGGCUUACUGCAGUGAGUUGUCUGGUCUGUCGGAUGGUCUUUCAGUUCCCCCGGAGGAGAGCUCCUCCCCUGAACAGUGCGCCUCACGACUGACUGCACUCAUCAAAGUGUUCACGACAGUCCUCCGGUCACUGGGAACUUCUUUCUCCCCUUCUCGCUGUGGGGAGAUCACUCCAGACUUCGUGCAGACGAUUGUGAGGCGUGUGACGAGAUUCGUUCUCACGGCCCACAACAUCUCCCCCUCCGAGGACCUUCUCAUCUCCGGCAAUCUGUGUCUCAUGGAAUUGAGUCGUUGUCUCCAGGGAGGGUUUGCCAGCUGCUGUGCUGCCGUGGCAACAUACAUUGUGCAGCAGCUCGACAAUCUGGAAGUAUUCACUGACAACCAUUCUCUCUCCGUUAUCAACCUCCUCGCUCAGAUAGCGGAGGAUGUCCAAGUGUCCCUGUCCACUAGUUUUGUCCAGCAGGUCUUCUCUCUGGACUCACCUGUCCUUCAUUUGAGGUACACGGCUGGAGACAAGCUACUUUCACAAUUGGUGAAACUCUACCUCAGUUUCUUGGCCAUCAGAAACAUACCUUUACUGGAGGCCAUGUACAGACUGAUCCUGGCCGAUCUGGAUAGCAGCUUCAAGGCCCUGAGUCAUUGUUUCAAACAGCCAUUAUCAGCCAACCUCGACGAUGAGGAAGCAGCCUUCAACCCUAUAGACGCUCAGGUGGGAGCCAUCUUCAGCCUUAACGUUCUCUCCCAGGUCUCAAACACUGCCAAGAAUGUCAUUUCGAUGUGGUCACCUACUCCAAGUGUGUUCUCUUUCCUGUCGUCGUUGCUUGCUUCCUUCAGUCCGACGCUGGCCUCUGAGUACCCCACCAUCCAUUUCUCAAUCCUCUACGCCCUCUUCCAAGACAGCAGGAGCAACCACUACUACAUACCGGGUAGUGGAAGCAGCUCGUCCCUGUCAGUGGGUGUGUCCUCCAGAAGCUCCACCCCCUCCGGUGGUACUGUCUGUGACAUCAUCUCUGUCCUCACCAAACUGAUGCACGACCACAAGCUGUCCUUUGACAUCUGUCGGCUGAUUCAGCGCUGGGUGGACUACAUCACCGAGGCCCUGCGUUCAGUUGCCAGAGAAACCCUCCCACUGGAGAGACUGUCUCAAGCCAUGGACGCCCUCACUUGCCAGAUGCUCACUUUCUCUUUCUCUCGUGAGCACUCUGUUCGUGUGGACAACGCCGCAGUGCUGAAAGGCAUAUUCCAGUGUGAACUGGUCAGUGACCGGGUGCUCAAACUGUGUGUACCCGAGUGCCUCCUGAGGCUCAGUGACACAAGGGGGGAGAUACGGGCCGCUUACUCUGCUCUACUGGAGGUCCUCCCCACACACAUAGUCACCAGUUUUUCCCGUGGUGUGGAGGCCUUUCAGCCACCCAAUGGACGUAAGGGUCUGGAGGGAUUGCGUAGUUGCAAGGGCACAUGGCACGCACGACGAAUUCACAUGACCAAGCAGUCGCAGGUGACCUUCCACGGCCACCACUUCAAGGCCAUCCUGGGAUUCAUCAUGCACGGCUUUGCACCAAGCAAGCACCUUCCUGAUGAUUGGCUGGAGAGGAUGUACCACUCAUGUCAGCACCGACGCCCACCUGUCCCAGAGUCCCUUGACAACCCUGAGCUCCACCCACUCCUCAUGUCACAUCUGGUAUGCAAUUGUGAUGCAGUGCUGUGGUUCUGGGCCACGUACGAGUCUGCUCAGUACUGUCUCCUGGCUAGACUGAGAACGCCUCUGGGCAUGCCAGCCGAGACCUUCACUGCCAUUGAGACUGUACUGCGUGGCUAUGCUCAGGAGGUGGGAUCACGUGACGGGAGGGCCCUCAGAGACACGCCCUCCUCUUUCUCGGGCCACAUGGGAGCUGGGCUUGGUCCUCGUCACUACACAGUCCACCUACGGGCCAUUCUCCUCCUCCAGUUCAUGGAGCAUCUGGACAAGCUCAUGUACAAUGCGUACGAGGGAUCCUGUGUGACUCUGCCCCCUGUGCCAAAGUCUGUGAGGUCGUUCUUCAGAAAGAACAUGGACACUUGUCUGGAGUGGCUGGCCCAUGUGCGAGGCUACAUCGUUUCCAUAGCAAUCCGUGCUGGAAUGCCAGCUGUUGCCAUCCGCCACGGGUUCGCUGCUCUUCAAGACCUCGGGAAAACGCCUCAUGCCAAAAAUAAUGCUGAGUUUUGGAAGAUGCUGGUGAAUGUAAUUCACGCUCUGCUGCUCAGUGGCUCCUGGCACUCCAUACGAGGGAUGGGGGCGUGGGUGCAAAACAUCGUGGGCCACAUCCCCUCCUGGAUCAUCGCCGCAGAAGCUCAGGCAAAGUCAAGCUAUGAAACCGCGAGUGAAGAGUACGUGAAAGCUCUGGAUAUGCUGAGAGGUGACGACAGAGACAAACCCUACCAUGCUAUCAACGCUCCCAUUAUAGAGUUCAUCGUCAACAGGGUGUGCGAGUGCUACGUCCAUGUGACCGAGUGGGUGGAGUUAGAGGCGUGGCACAAACACGUGAACUCACUGCAAGCCCAGAGCUCCAGCAGCUCUGACGUGUUCAAUGCACUCAACCUCAAGUACGACCUCAACCAGAUUCAUGCUCUCAGCUGUUUCGACGCUGGCAACAUGGCUCAAGCCCGAGAGUUUGCAGAGAACCAAUCAGAUCCCAGACACCUGUCACGUGACCCGGAGGUGUUUCCCCUAUGGGAUCCAGGACAGCUGUUGAAUACAAGCCAACUGCUCUUGUUGCGUACGGCCACACUGGGAGAGGAGGGGUCUGGUAGUGAUGACACAACCAGCCUCACUAGUGAGGGGGAGUAUGGACCAAAGUCCAAUGUCCAGCGAUGGCUCAAGCUCUCCUCUGCGUAUGCUGAGAGUCCAUUGAGGGUGGGGUGUCUAGAGUGGCCCCUGAGGGUAUCCCCCGGUCACGCCCUGCAGCUACAGGCAGUCGCCGCCCUCAAGGCACUCAACCCACUCAAGACACGACAUGCACAGCCGUCUUCGUCCAGCUUGCUUCUCUAUCCUAUACCUUUCAAGUCUCUCAAUGCAAGCAACCAUGACACUGGGAUCUGGAGCGAGGCUCUUCGAAUCUCCUCCUACCUCAGCUCCGCCCAGUCCUCUGCUGAUGACCACACCCCCUCUGUCCUCUUUGAGGCCUACCGUCUGGCUCGACGUGAGGGCAACUUGAAACACGCCCACUACCUCAUACAGAGGCACAUACUCUCACUCACGGGGGAGACAGAAGGAGCCGAUGCUAUCGAAGAACUCAACACUUCCACACAUAUCUCACACAUUGAAAAGCUGCGUAUCAUGCGAGAGCUGGCUAAAUUGUACACAUCACGAGGCCAAUCUGCACCUGCCAUUGAACUUCUCUCUUCGUCGGUCGUCAACUAUUGUGAGACUCAAAAGGGGCCGAUGACAAGCGGUGGACUCGGCUCAGGCAGUGAACUAACAGCACGUAGUCUGCACUCGAUCGUGAAAUGGAUGCAAGCAGAUGCUCGGAUAAUGCAAACGGCCUGGAGUCCUGAGUAUGAAGCGUCCUCUCGUCUACACAACUUGCUGUCGUUUGAGUAUGACUGCAGGAAAGCUAGACUCGGGCUGUACCAAACUGCGUGCCCGACUGACUCCCAUGAACUGUUUCAGCCGGACGAGUCCGUUGCUAGAUUUGACAAGCACGAGUAUUCGAUUGGUCAGUUGCUGCACUUGGCGACAAUGCACUGCCCUGAUUUAGCGAAGGGGUGGUGGUCUCUGGCCGGAUGGUGCUACAGAAUUGGCCGAAAGAACCUGGAGGCACUCAGUGCCACUGGAACAGCUGAGCUGCUUGACCACGAGCAAAGACAAGUCGAUGAAAUUAUUAAAAAUCUGACGACUGUGGAGCAACGUAGUGCUAUCCUCCAAGUACUCGGACAGGUGCACAUCUCUGACGCUACCGACGACGAGGACCUCAAGGCAAAGGAGGAGGUCAAGCAUCUGGAUAUGGAGGAAGACAGCAAAUCACUGAAGGGACAGCUGCUCUCUGUGUGCCCUUUGCUGGAUACUCCCUCCUCAUUGGACGGAUUGCUGGCCGUGUGGUCGGGAGUACGGGUACGCAUGUUCAUGCACUACCAACUGUCGGCUAGGGCCUACUUCACCUUCCUUAAACUCUCGGGCACUCAGUUAGGGUCUGCUUCAGGUCUGGAUGACAUGAAUGUGACAGCCACACUUCGUUUGCUCAGACUGCUUGUCAAGUAUGCCGUGGAACUCAAGUCUGAGCUACAGAGUGGAUUUGAAACCACACCCACAAAACCCUGGAAAGGCAUAAUCCCGCAGCUGUUUUCUCGACUGAACCACCCCGAGAACGAUGUCCGUCAGAGUGUGUCAGACCUCCUCUGUCGAGUGGGUAACGACGCUCCUCACUUCAUCAUCUACCCGGCCAUUGUGGGGGCCUCCAAGAAGACUGAGAAGAAAACAGAAUCCAUGUCAGGACUGUUGGACGAGAACAGAGAGGAGGCAAGAGACAAUGAGAAGGAGUAUGACCUGGGCAGCCGAGACCUCAUUGGCGACGGACUCACGCCCCCGGAUACGGAGAUGAACUCGGAUGAAGAUGGUGAGAACACAGCUGCAGAGAUGACCAACCUUGAGAAGAGCCUCGCUGUGAUCAUAGACUCACUUAAACAGCAAAACGCCACUCUGGUCAAGUCUGUACAAGAUCUGGUGGACGAGCUUUGUCGUAUCACGCUGCUCUGGGACGAGAUGUGGUUGGCCGCACUCAUGCAGCGACAAGGGGAGGUCCACAGACGACUGCUCCAGAUUGACCAGGAAACGAAGAGGACAAUGGCCAUCCCUCACCUCAACAACAAAGAGAAGCAGUGCAUCAUGAGGGAGAAGUACAUGGCCACCAUGAGACCAUUGUUAUGGGUACUGGAGCACCUGGCAUCUAUCACAUCCCAGCCAGCAGAGACACCUAAUGAGAGGAACUUUCAGGCUCAGUACGGUGAUACCAUUAACUCCGCCCUCUCACAGCUCCGUAACCCGGACAACUUCACAAGCCCACACACUGUUUGGGAGCCUUUCAAAGAGUUCCAGACGAUGCUGAUGCACCGUGCUCAGAAGAGGAUGCAGAACUCACUCAGUCUCCACGAGAUCAGUCCUCAUCUGGCGGCCAUCAGGUCCUCCUGCAUCACCAUGCCGGGACACAGCCAAGGAGAUGAGCCGGUGACACUGGAGUCAUUUCACCUCGAGGUAGCUGUCCUGCCCACCAAGACCAAACCGAAAAAGAUCUCGAUGAUCGGCUCUGAUGGACGAAAGCACACGUACCUUUUCAAGGGUCUGGAGGAUCUUCAUCUUGAUGAGAGGAUCAUGCAAUUCAUGGACAUCAUUAACAACAUGUUCGCAAGAGCUCACAAGCACCAGACACAGCUGUAUGUGGCCAAGGACUAUGCUGUGAUUCCCCUGGGGGCACGCUCUGGGCUCAUCCAAUGGGUGGACGCAGUCACACCUCUCUUUGGGAUCUACAAACGCUGGCAACAGAGAGAGGCCUAUGCUAAAGCUCUGGAGCAGGCUGGUUCUCAACCCACCGUACCCCUGCCCAUACAAGUGCUCAAGCCCAAUGAGCUGUUUUACUCCAAGAUCAUGCCUCUACUCAAGGAGAAGGGAAUGGCAGAGCAGACAGCUCGCAAGGACUGGCCGCCACAGAUACAGCUCCGGGUGCUCAAGGAGUUAAUGGCAGAAACUCCCUCUGACCUCCUCGAGAAGGAGCUGUGGUGUGCCUCGUCCUGUGCUUCCGAGUGGUGGGCAGCCAUUCAGACGUACAACCGCUCCACGGCAGUCAUGUGUAUGAUUGGUUACAUCAUCGGUCUUGGUGACAGGCAUCUCGACAACCUUCUAGUCCACUUCUCUACUGGGCAGAUUGUACACGUGGACUACAACGUGUGCUUUGAGAAGGGGCGGAGCCUCCGUGUGCCAGAGAGGGUACCAUUCAGAAUGACCCAGAACAUUGCCAGAGCCCUUGGAUUCACUGGAGUGGAGGGCCUGUUCCGCAUCUCGUGCGAAGACAUCCUCCGAAUCCUUCGUCGGGGGAGAGAGACACUCCUCACCCUCCUGGAGGCGUUUGUCUAUGACCCGCUCAUUGAUUGGACACAGAGCGAGGAUGCCGCCUUCCCUCUGGCCGUGCGGACGACCAAGGAUAUGACAAGCCGACAAACAAGGAAGGAGAUGGAGAGAGAGGUGGCCUCAGGCAUGUUGGCCACUCGCCUGGCCGAGUCCGUGCCGUAUUGGAACAGGAACAGAGAGAAUCUUCUGGCAGUGCUGGUUGCCUUGGAGCUACACCUGGGGGAGAUAGCCAAGACGGGAGAGAAACUAGCCAACUAUCACGAGGUUAUCAUCCAGCUGGAUCGCCAGAACGAGAUUCUUAGAGACGCACUCAGCACCCCAGACCAUCCACUCAUCACCAUGCAGGACAAGCUGUCUGAGCAGAGCAAGCUGAUGGCCGAGCACAAGAGGCUGUUGGCUGACAUCUCCAGAAAGUACCAGGAGGCAGUCGACUGGAACGUCAAGCACAAGGAUGCGUUCAGGACCAUUCAUGGAGCCGGUCUAGGAGCACUCAUAUCUCACAUGCAGAACCCUCUCGACCUCGGUCCCCCUGGUCACGAACCAGCUGUUGAGUUCCUCCAGUCCAUACACCAGAACCAAGCCGUAGACGCGUGUGACCAACUUGAAGAUGAGCUAGUGACGCUGCUGCAGAAGAGACGAGGAGUGUUGAUAGGUGCCUUGGAUGCUCUCCAUCAGUACAGGAACAUCACCUCACAAUUUGACAUUGGCUAUUUGAAGCAGUCUCGCAGCUACCUGUGGGAGGAGUGUGCCGGACCCAUGAUCGAAGGGCACGACCACACCCAUGACAUGUUGAAGCAGGUGAUCACUGACUUCGAGGACCAGCUGUCAGCCAACAGUCGUCCCUCUCAUGUCGUCAAGACUGUCGACUCAAAGUUUAGGAAGUCUGUACAAGAGCUUCACUUGAGAUUCACAAAGCUCCACGAGCGUUCUAAGUCAGUCCCGACUACGGACAACUUUGACACGACCAUCAUUGAGACGAAGAACCACCUGUCUCAGUUCUGUAUAGACAAUUGCGAACACGGCCCACCCUCCCUUGCCUGCUUUAUUAUUGUUGCACUCUGUCCUCUCAGUCGACGAUGGCUGUUUAUGGAACAGACGGCUCAAGCUGCUCGUGAGCGUCUCAGUGACCUCACCUCCCGAGAUGGGGACUGGUUCCUGGACGAGCUCUGUACCAUGGGAGGUAACGUGUCUCAGAUGGUGGGGCUGCUCGAGAUGUGCCUCGUCUCUAUGGGUUACGAGUUCCAAGCUGGCUCUGUUCUCAAGGCAACCAUCGAUGCAGUGGCAUCAGUACAGAAAGUCUAUGCUGGAAUGCAGGACCUGUUCAACAAGUUCCAGUCAUUGAUUCUGCCCGAGGCUAUAAACAACAUCCUGACAGAAGAUGAAGGUGUUCUGGAGAUGAUCGACACAGUGGUCAACUUCACCCUCUCCAGCUACCCAGGCAUGGGUAUUCAGGACGCCCUCUCUGCUCUUAACGCGGGGCUCACCGAGUAUGCUAACAAGUCCCUGCAAGCGGACCUCAGUAUGACAGGUGCCGUGGAGGAAAUGAGGACAAAGAUGAACAACAUACUCAACAACCCAGACAGAGAGGGUCCAAUGUCCCCGGCUCAGGUGAUCCUAAACAGCAUGAACGGGUUAUUCCAGUUCAGUGAGGUAGCAACCAAACAAAUGAUGGAAGACGUUGACAAGAUUGACAUACCCGAGUCAUGGGAGAACAUAGACCUGGUCAAACAAACAGAGAGCCUCAUGUGCACGACAGCUGGCUUGUCUCUGACAGAUGAACUGCUCUAUGUGAGAAAGGCUCAAGCUAUUGUGGACUUCUGUGUGGAGUGCAAGAGCUUGUUGAUGGCACUCAAACUGGAAAUUUCCGCCGAAGGUGCGUCCACGCCCACUGCCACACCCCCUGGCACCCCUGGUCGUCGCUCCUUUUCAAUCCACGUCCCCACACAGUCUUCCCUCACCCUCCCCAUUCGUCGUUACAUCUCUGGUACCCUCAUUACCCACGUCUUGGGCCAGCCCUCUUUCUCACUGGCAACCUUCCUCAUCUCUGCCAACACACAGUACCUUGGCAUCGAGCUACCAAGCAAGCAAAUCACUCUUGAAGACGUGUGCAAACUGGCCAACGACCAUUACCAGAACGUCCUCCCUAUGUCCGUAAUCACUCACGCUCGAUCUCUGUUUUCGCAGCACGAUGUAGCAUGGAGAGAGAGUGAUAGAGCUAGGAGGAUUGCCACUAACCUGGAGAACUGCAAACUGGCUCUACACAGGGCUAAGAGCAUAGCCACUAGGUUCCAGUGGCUCUACGAGGAAAUGUUGUCCUCGUCCGACCCCCACCACCAGACAGUAUUCCUGGGGCCGCAACGAUCAGUCAUCCUCACCACCGUCAGAAAGGUGCUCUCAAAUCAGCUGUCUACAUCGCUCACAGCUGUGCAGGACAAGAUCAACAGUCACCAGUUCCGUAUCUCCCAGCGACUCCAGUGGGCAGCUGGUGCCAACCCGGCUCUCAACUCCAUCGUGGAUGAAUUUGAGAGAGCCACUAACAGACGGAAGCAGAUACUGCAGGAAGAGGAGGAUAUCUACUCGAAGAUCUACGAGUACUGCAAUGCCGUCAUCCACCUGGAGUCCUCUCACACUCGAGUGGCCAUUCAGACCACCAACGACAAGGAGAUGAUACAGCUGCUCUCCAGAUGUGCUGACACGACUCUUAAGUUACAGCUGUGUUCUGAGCAGCUGUCACAAGUGUCGGACAUUGUCCAUUUUGUGGAGUUGCCUGAGGACGGAGGUCCCCUUACCCUCCAGUGGAUGCAACGGAGGCUCGACGAGAUCGGCAUGGAGAGAACAAGGAUCCACAAUGAGAAGAGGGCUGACAACACAAAGCUUGCCAAGCACAAAGAGGCAGUGCUCUCAGAGCUGGAGAAGCUGAGAGGGUAUAACAGAGCACACAGGAAACUCAUGGUGGAGAUAUGGCAGCACCUCACUGCUUUGGCCAGGCUGGAGGAGCCCCCUCCCCCUGGUACAGUGCAGCCAGGUCCGAGGGCGUUCAUCAACCUCCAGAAUAAGUUCGGAGAGGAGGUACGCUCCUUCAUCCAAUCCACACAGGAGCUCAUUGCCUCUGACAUGUCAUUAGCUGCCAAGCCAACCUGGACGAGUAAGGCUCGAGCUCAGGAGUUCUUACAAGCCAAGAGGUCGGCAGACAACCUCAAGAUGCUGGCAGAAUGCCUUUUGGACCAGCUGCUCUCUUUCACUCAACAGCUUUUCUGUGGACAACCAUGCGGAACCCUCAAGUGGAGCCCACCCCCUCAACUGGAGCCAAUUCUGCCAGCCAGCAUUUCCACUGUUAGCAUAGCCAGCCAAGUAGCUGCAUCAGUCACCGAUGGUGACCAACAGCAGACUAAGAUCUACCGGUCGAGCCAAGGCGUUGUCAGGGACAAAAGAACUGGAAAAGCUCUCCAGGAGCAGAACUCAUAUGCUGUGAGUGUGUGGAGGAGGGUGAAGGCCAAGCUCGAUGGUAGAGACCCUGACGCCACCUAUCGGCUCACUGUUGCCGAGCAGGUGAAAUUUGUGAUUGAUGAGGCCACGAGUCUCGAGAACCUGAGCCAGCUGUACGAGGGCUGGACUCCGUGGGUGUGAAACAGAGCGUGAAAGAACUUAAACACAACCAGAGAGAACCUUUAAGUUUUGUUAGCUAGAGAGUAUACUCUCUCUCGGCAAACACAGAACUUGUGGGCAUUAGGUAGAGUAUAGUUAAAAUGUAAGAACUAGCGUGCAGGAAGGCUGCUCCUCCUCACAGCUGUAUCGCUCCCGUUGCCCAUUCUCUCAGUCUACAAUAUAGCUAUAAUAUAUAAUUAUAAUUUGUGUCAUCACAAAUUCUUCAUGCAUUCAUUUAUAAUUAUUUAUACUACUGCACAUUUUUGAUCGUUUUUGUAACUAUUGCUUUGAUCCAUGAUAUAAUUGAAGUUGACGUA